AUGUCCAGGGCAGACCAGGGAAAGGAUUCUCAGCCCAGUGGGAGCGAGAUGAGCAUCGAGCUGAGGCCAACAGCCCCCAGCAACCAGGGCCGGAGCAACGAAGCCUUCCAGGAUGAAGACCUUGGGGAACAGAACACGGGGAACAGCACCGUCCGGGGAAGAGUUGUACAAAGCAGGGAGCAAGGAAAUGCCAAACAGGGUGACACUCAAAUCACGAUUGAGCGGGAGUCUGUGGAGAACAAAGACGACAUGGAGGACGAUGACCAGGAAGAGCACCACAAAGGGUGUUUGGAGAGGAAGUAUGACACAGUUUGCGAGUUUUGUAGAAAGCACAGAACCGUCCUUCGGCGCAGCAUCAGGGGCAUUUUGUUGACUGGUUUCCUGGCCUUGGUGAUUGCAGCCUGUGCGCUGAACUUCCACAGAGCCCUGCCCCUUUUUGUGAUCACCCUGGUUGCCAUCUUCUUUGUUGUCUGGGAUCACCUGAUGGCCAGAUAUGAACACCGAAUCGAGGAGUUCCUGUCUCCAGGCAGAAGCUUUCUCAAUAGGCACUGGUUUUGGCUGAAAUGGGUGGUAUGGACCUCAUUGAUCCUGGCCGUUAUUUUCUGGUUGAUCCUUGACACUGCCAGACUGGGCAAACAGCACCUGGUAUCCUUUGGCGGACUCAUAAUGUACAUCAUCCUGUUGUUCCUGUUUUCCAAACAUCCAACCAGAGUUUACUGGAGGCCUGUGUUUUGGGGAAUUGGAUUACAGUUUCUUCUUGGGCUCUUAAUUCUAAGGACUAAGCCUGGCUUUAUUGCUUUUGAUUGGAUGGGAAAACAAGUUCAGACUUUUCUGGGGUUCACGGAUGCUGGAGCUAUGUUUGUCUUCGGUGAUAAGUAUACAGACCACUUCUUUGCAUUUAAGAUCCUGCCAAUUGUGGUUUUCUUCAGCACAGUGAUGUCCAUGCUCUACUACUUGGGACUGAUGCAAUGGAUUAUCAGAAAGGUCGGGUGGUUGAUGCUUGUCACCAUGGGGUCAUCUCCCAUCGAGUCUGUAGUUGCCGCUGGCAACAUAUUUAUUGGGCAAACAGAGUCUCCACUGCUGGUCCAACCGUAUCUGCCACAUGUCACCAGGUCAGAACUCCACACCAUCAUGACAGCUGGCUUCGCGACGAUUGCUGGAAGCGUUUUGGGAGCCUAUAUCUCUUUUGGGGUGUCAUCCACACACUUGCUAACCGCCUCAGUCAUGUCAGCGCCUGCAUCCCUGGCUGUGUCCAAACUCUUCUGGCCUGAAACAGAGAAACCCAAAGUAACCCUCAAGAAUGCCAUGAAAAUGGAGAACGGUGAUUCAAGGAAUCUCCUGGAGGCCGCGACACAGGGUGCAUCCUCAUCCAUCCCCCUGGUGGCAAACAUCGCUGCGAAUCUGAUCGCCUUCCUGGCCUUGCUGUCCUUUGUGAACUCAGCCCUGUCCUGGUUUGGAAGCAUGUUCGACUACCCACAGCUGAGUUUUGAGCUACUUUGUUCCUACCUCUUCAUGCCCUUUGCCUUCAUGAUGGGAGUCGACUGGCAAGACAGCUUUAUGGUCGCCAAACUCAUAGGUUACAAGACAUUCUUCAAUGAAUUUGUGGCUUAUGACCACCUCUCGAAACUGAUCAACUUGCGGAAAGCGGCGGGACCCAGAUUUGUAAAUGGUGUGCAGCAGUAUAUGUCGAUUCGUUCCGAGACCAUUGCGACCUAUGCCCUCUGUGGUUUUGCCAAUUUUGGUUCCCUAGGAAUAGUGAUCGGCGGACUUACAUCCAUUGCUCCGACAAGAAAGCGUGACAUCGCCUCUGGAGCGCUGAGAGCCCUGAUCGCUGGGACCAUUGCCUGCUUCAUGACGGCCUGCAUCUCGGGCAUUCUCUCUAGCACCCCUGUGGAUAUCAACUGCCAUCACAUUCUAGAGAGCACCAGCAGACUCAGCAACACGACCCAAGUGGUGUCUUGCUGCCAAAAUCUGUUGCAAAGCACUGUUGCCAAGGGACCAAACGAGGUCAUCCCAGGAGGAAACUUCAGCCUCUAUGCUUUGAAGACAUGCUGCAACCUGCUGAAACCAUCAACACUGAACUGUGAUUGGAUCCCUAAUAUGCCAUGA